GGCAUUACUGCGGAUUGCUCUAGCAGCCAUUUUUUCUGCUACGUUGUCAGCUGCUUAACUACGUUGUUCGGGGCGCUGUUCACUGUGAUAUCAGUCUGAAGAUAUCAGCUCUAAGAAGGUGCUAUGGCGACCUUCCCGGAGUUCAUCGCCCAGAACGAAGAGCGUGAUGGAGUACGUUUUAGCUGGAAUGUGUGGCCCUCUAGUCGUCUGGAGGCCACUCGCAUGGUGGUUCCUGUGGCGUCUCUGUUCACACCUCUGAAGGAGCGCACAGACCUGCCCCCCAUUCAGUAUGAGCCCGUCUUGUGUAGCAGGGCGACCUGCCGUGCUGUCCUCAACCCUCUCUGCCAAGUAGAUUACAGAGCCAAACUGUGGGCUUGCAACUUCUGCUAUCAGAGAAAUCAAUUUCCACCUACCUACGCUGGGAUAUCGGAGGUCAACCAGCCAGCCGAAUUGUUGCCGCAGUUCUCCACUAUUGAAUAUGUGGUACAGAGAGGUCCCCAGAUGCCCCUGGUAUUUCUGUACGUGGUGGACACCUGCAUGGAGGACGAGGACCUGCAGGCUCUGAAGGAGUCCUUACAGAUGUCCCUGUCCCUGCUGCCUCCUACGGCCCUCGUGGGCCUCAUCACCUUUGGACGUAUGGUCCAGGUCCACGAGUUGGGCUGCGAGGGCAUCUCCAAGAGCUACGUCUUCCGCGGAACCAAAGAUCUCAAUGCCAAGCAGCUCCAGGAGAUGCUGGGCUUGACGAAACCCACUGCCACACAGGCAGGAAGGGGGCCACAAACUCCAAAGGCCCCCCUCUCCAACAGGUUCCUCCAGCCAGUUCAGAAGAUCGACAUGAACCUGACUGACCUUCUUGGAGAGCUGCAGAGAGAUCCCUGGCCUGUCACUCAGGGCAAACGGCCCCUGCGCUCCUUAGGGUCGGCCAUGUCCAUCGCUGUUGGCCUGCUUGAGUGCACCUUCCCCAACACUGGGGCACGCAUCAUGACCUUCAUCGGUGGGCCAGCCACUCAGGGCCCAGGAAUGGUGGUGGGAGACGAGCUGAAGACCCCUAUCCGCUCCUGGCAUGACAUUGAGAAGGAUAACGCCAAGUUCAUGAAGAAGGCGACCAAACAUUACGAGGCAUUGGCAAGCCGGGCUUCCACUAAUGGCCACAUCAUAGACAUCUAUGCCUGUGCUCUGGACCAGACAGGACUGCUGGAGAUGAAGUGUUGUUCCAAUCACACUGGGGGCUACAUGGUGAUGGCGGACUCUUUCAACACGUCACUAUUCAAACAGACCUUCCAGAGAGUUUUUACCAAAGAGGUGACUGGAUCCUUCAAGAUGGCCUUUGCAGGCACCCUGGAGAUUAAGACAUCUCGAGAGAUCAAGAUUUCAGGAGCCAUUGGGCCAUGUGUGUCAUUAAAUUCCAAAGGACCAUGUGUAUCUGAAAAUGAAAUUGGAACAGGGGGCACCUGUCAGUGGAAGAUCUGUGGUCUUGACCCUAACACCACCCUGGCAGUUUAUUUCGAGGUGGUCAAUCAGCACAACGCACCCAUCCCCCAAGGAGGACGAGGGGCGGUCCAGUAUGUCACCCAGUACCAACACUCCAGUGGACAGAAACGCAUCAGAGUCACCACCACAGCCAGAAACUGGGCGGACGCCGGGACACAGAUCCAGAGUAUUGCGGCUUCGUUCGACCAGGAGGCGUCGGCCAUCCUGAUGGCCAGGCUGGCGGUGUACCGCGCUGAGACCGAGGAGGGGCCAGAUGUGCUGCGCUGGCUGGACCGUCAGCUGAUCCGGCUGUGUCAGAAGUUUGGAGAUUAUCAUAAGGAUGACCCCAACUCAUUCCGCUUCUCAGAGACGUUUUCUCUCUAUCCCCAGUUCAUGUUCCAUCUGAGGAGAUCUCCCUUCCUGCAAGUGUUCAACAACAGCCCAGACGAGAGCUCAUAUUACAGACACCAGUUCAUGCGCCAGGACCUGACCCAGUCUCUCAUCAUGAUUCAGCCCAUUCUCUACGCCUACUCCUUCAACGGACCACCAGAGCCUGUGUUACUGGACAGCAGCAGCAUCCUACCCGAUCGCAUCCUCCUCAUGGACACCUUCUUCCAGAUCCUCAUUUACCAUGGAGAGACUGUUUCUCAGUGGCGUAAGGCAGGCUACCAGGAGAUGCCAGAGUAUGAGAACUUCCGCCACCUACUGCAAGCUCCAGUGGACGACGCCCAGGAGAUCCUCCACAGCCGCUUCCCUAUGCCCCGCUACAUAGACACAGAGCACGGAGGGUCACAGGCUCGUUUCCUGCUGUCUAAAGUGAAUCCAUCACAAACCCACAACAACAUGUAUGCGUGGGGUCAGGAGUCUGGAGCGCCCAUCCUGACCGAUGACGUCAGCCUUCAGGUGUUCAUGGACCAUCUGAAGAAGCUGGCUGUGUCCAGUGCUGCCUGAGUUGGAGAAGAAAGCCAUGGUACCUGAGUACCACAGACAUGGAUCCACCCUCAUCCUCCACCCAAUAGCCCACCUGGGUUUAGACUGUAUUUCUUCUUUCCGAGACAUCCUCAUUGCUUGACUGAGAUUGUCGGGUGCAAUGGAGACCGAAAAAUAGCCCCUAACCCUGCCAGUAACAAACCCGCUUGGGCAGGCUCAGUGAAAUGCUUAACGUGUUUGGAAGAAACCAAAUGCUCUAUGAACCUAGGUUGGCUCAACACUAGCCAGCCUGUACUAUACAUGGAAAAGUCGACAUCCCAAACAGGACAUUUGUUCCUCUUUCUCCCUUUUAUAUUGAAAACAAAGCGCUUUGUACAGGAUAGUGACUAUGCAGAGAACGUACUGAGAUGGGAGCUGCAGUAUAGCCUUCAUGCUUCAGCUGUGGUCAAUGAGUUGUUGACUACUGGCUCGAUAUUUGGUUUCGCAUCAGUAUAUCAAUGGUACAAUGAUGAUAUUUAUGUACACAUUCUCCCCCCCCCCCCCAGAACUCUAACCAACCCAGAAUCAAGUUGGAUACAUUUUGUUCAUAUUUCACUGUGAUAUUUCUCUCACACUACGUCUGCCAUAUCUAUUAAAGCACGGCAUCAAGUACUCUAUAUUUGAUUUUGUUUCAAUUAAAAAGAUUUUCUUACGUCAAGCAGAGACAAACCAUAUCAUGGCCCAGAGUUGUCAUAGCUGCAGGCUACAGAGACCAACUGGUGGCUCCUAUAAGCUGUUUGUUACAGAUUGGAGAAUCCAAUACAACUGAAUCUAAUUAGAGCAAAGUGCUUUCUCUUCUUCGCCCUGCAUACGCCGCAGAAUAAUAGGCUAUUUCAGACCCUUUGGUGUGUGCUGUCUAAUUCAUUCUAGUCAUUCAUAAUCAAACAGUCAUUGUGGCCCAAAACAUGCUAGUAUACUAUACAGAGUGUGGAAGUAGCAAUGUGCUCCACAAUACAGACUUGCAGCUGCCUUCUCUUCUCUGGAUCUGGUCUCAUUUCUGCCUUGUUACUAACAGUGUUAUUUCUGUUGUUUCUAAUAAAAUACCUUUCCUGUUAAUGUUUGUUUUAACACACUGUCUGAUUUGACUGUAAUUGUGUUUUUUUGUUUGUUUUUUUACUGGUAGUAAUCUGUUUUAAAGGCAGGGGUGGGUGAACAUCUGGCCCGCGGUAGGUAAUAAUUUUUUUUUGAGUGGGAGUACAGCAUAACUCAUCAGCCUUUAUGCAUCUGAAUCUGAAUUUCAAUUAUUUAGACAUUAUAAUGAACCUACUAUAUAAAUGUUUUAAUUAUUGCCCUUUUUGCAUGCAAGUCAUUUAUGGUUAACAAAUUACAAAAGAAAUGUGUCUCUCUAUUAUUUAAAGUCCUGAUGUGGCCCCCAAGCCAGAAAGUUUGCCUUCUGUUUUAACUUGCUUCCUAUGUCCUGCUGUCGUCUUUGAAAAGAUGUGGCACCAUCAGAGAACUGAAGAGAAGACAAGUUCAAGGAAAUGGCAUGAAUUUCUCAAUUGAUAACAUAGGUUGGUUUGAGAUUUAGCCAUUCAAAGAAAGGAUGAUCAAAAGCGUAUUGAAAGGAAGCAGGAUAAAAUGAAAAUAGCACUGCUAAAUGAUAGAAAUCUAUUCUCUGCAAUGGCCAACAGAGUGCAGCAAAUCUCACCGAACCCUCACACAGGUUAUCUCUACAGAGGGGGUUUACUGAAUGGCCUUUCUAAUAUGCAAUAAUACCACUGCUAUUGUAGUAAGAUUGUCAUUGCAGAAAGUCCUUCAAAUGUAUCUGCUGUUAUUUUAUGGAGUCUGGUUUCCAAACACCUAGAAUUACUCCCCGAAAUUGCCGGGCUGAGAAAUGUUUUUGUGAGCUUUUGCAUUUGGCAAACCUAGAUAUGAUGACAUUGGAAAAAUGUCAAGCUUUAGGAAGAGCCAAUUUGUCAUAAUGCUCUAACAAGCUUCUAUAAAACCAUUGACUGUCUUUAAACCCAUGUACCCUCCAGCAUUAUACUGUAAUGAACAGGUUACGAAUCAAAGGUUGACAAGCUCAGACAUCAGUAGAGUCUGGCCAUUUUGUUAUUGAAUGCUAAAGACAUUCAACACUUUUGUUAUGUAUUGUCAGUACAUUGCAAUUGAAACAUCUUAAGGGCAGAUGACCUAAGGAUAAUAAAAAGUUGUCACAAACAGCC